CGCAUAUAUUUUCUUUUUCCUUUAGUUCUAUUAAUUUUUCAUAUUUUUCACUUGCAUUACACAAAUUAACGAUUUAUGCCAAAUGAACAAGCAAUCGGCUUCGGCAUUGAAAACGACCUUCGAGACAACAGAGUCAGAGCCAGAGGCGUCGGCAAAGCGGAAAGGACUGAGGGGCAUUUUUGAAGCACGGGCCGAGUGGUCUGCCGAGGACAGGGAGACUGGGCUAUUGCGCCUAUUCCGCGACGGCGAGAGCAACAAUCGAAAUGAGUCAGUACUAUGCAAUGCAACAGAGGCAGACAGUGGGACAGAGACGCAGGUGGUUGGCGUCUUGGCAGUUCCCGGGUACAUGACACCGACAGACUUUAUGUCCUUUGCCGGGCUUUUUCGCGACAGCAUCGGGCACACGCGGGUGAUCCGAGACGCAGACUCGCACAACCACUACAUCAUCAUGCUCCAGUUCACCAGCGCAGCGCAAGCAGGCGAAUUCUACACGCAGUACAACGGAAAGACGUUCAGCCCGCUGGAGCCCGAGACAUGCUACGUGGUGUUUAUAAAUUUGGUUGAGUGUGAUGCGCGCGAAGUGCAGCACUGCCAAUAUAAGAGCGGUUGCGUGCAGGUAUUGCCCGAGAAACUGUUUUUGCAAGCGGAUAGCAGCGACCUGCCCGCGUGCCCGGUGUGUCUUGAGCGGCUGGACAGCACAACCGCGGGUCUUCUGACGAUCCUCUGCCAACACACAUUCCACAGGCGCUGCCUAGCACAAUGGGGCGAUGGCACCUGUCCGGUCUGCCGCUACAGCCAAACGGCGCCCUUCGUGGACCACGAGCAGUUCCAAAAGACGGUUUCUCUGGACCACGAUCACUCACCAGACAACGUCAGUCGCUGUCACGAGUGUGGGCGCACAGAUGAUCUGUGGAUUUGCCUUAUCUGUGGCUCCAUCGGCUGUGGCCGCUACGCCAACGCCCAUGCCAAGGAUCAUUUCACCAACACCCAACACCCAUAUUCGAUGAAGCUCGAGUCGCAGGUGGUCUGGGACUACAUUGGCGAUGGAUAUGUGCACCGGCUGCUCCAGAGCACGCAAGGAGGGAAGGUGGUCGCUAUGAAUACGCCACCAGCGCGCCCGGCCAGUGCCGCAGCUGUGAUGGAGCUUGGCAGCGCUGGUCUGCGUGACGAAAAAGAGGAGGCUGCGCUGUCAGAGGCCCAGAUCAUGCUUAAUGUUCAGCUCGAGUCGCAGAAGGAGCACUAUGAUAUUCAGGUCGCUCGACUGCAGCACCAGCUGGCCCAGCGCCCAAAGGCUCAGGCUGACCUGGAGCACCGUUUGGCUGAUGUGCAGCGCCAGAAUACGGACCUUCAGGCGCAGCUCCGGGAGCAGUGCAAACUGGCAGAUACCCGGGAGGCAAAAGCCGAUGAUGAGCGCAGGCAGUGGGUCGCAGAGAAGAGCCGGCUGGAGGCUGCAGUGGCGAAAUGGAUUAAAAAAUCCACCGAGGACGCGCGGUUUCUGAUGGAGGAGCGCGCAAUGUCCAAAAAUCUGGUCGAAAACCAGGACGUGUUAAAGUCGGAGGUUGCUGAUUUGAAAGCCAAAAUUGCUGAUAUGGAGGAACAAGUGCGUGACUUGUCGUUCUUUAUAUCCACGCAGCAGGCUAUUUCGGCUGAACUUGGUGCUGGUGACGGUGGCGAGCUGCACGGUGCCACUGUUAUUGGCGUUGCUGAGGCCCCAAAAAAGCAUGGCAAGGGAAAGCGGCGCAUUCCGCGCUAGUGACAUAUGAACUUUUAUUUCCUGUAUUGUAAUUUUACGGUCCACUUUGCACUUUUAGUAAUUAGCGCCUGUCCUAAAAUUGUCUUUAUUUAUUUUCGCAAGUAUUCCA